AUGCCCACACGCUCUUUCAAUGUUCUCAGGACGCUCCUUGCAUCGUCAUUCAUUACUCUUCAAGCUACGGCGACCAUCGUGCUGGGCCCUCUUCCUAUCGCAGUAGAAUGCCUCCCUGCUCUGUUCGCUUGGCAAGGCGAGUCGCCCCCGUUCACCGUUCUCUUCAACUCUACCCUCGGCUCUCAAACAUUCGAGACACCCCUCCCGCAUGUGGCGUGGAUCCCCAUCUGGCCCGCAGGCACGAACGUCACUAUCCAUGUAUCCGAUACUACCCAAGACUCCCCGAUCGUCCUGCCUUUUGUGGUCCGCUCCGACUCGAAUUCGACUUGCCAGCAAAUUUUCUCCCUAUUCCAUGUGUACCCCACCUCGACGAUCUCUGUGCCGACUUCAACAGCCGCACACGAGCCGACCACCAGCGCAUCCUUCGUCGCUAAUGUGCAGGCGUCCCCAUCAGUUAGCCCUCCCCUUUCCCCUUCUACGAUUGCAUCGCCUACGUGGAUGAAUGGCCCCCUGCACUCCUCCGAGAACCAGUCUUCCAGUGCCCCUCCCACCGACGACACUUCUCCCGUUUCGACCAGCGUCGAUUCGGCCAGGGCCGGCUCUCAAACGAGCAUACCAGAUGACACUGCAACCCCGCCGCCCGUCUCUUCCCCCACGCCUGAAUCCGCCUCACAGCUUCAACCGGUGUCGUCGACCAGCGAUCAGGGAGGCCCUAAUGUUCCGGUAUAUACGGCAGGGACCGUCUCGUCUCCUCCCCCCGCCACAUCCGCCAACAUUUCGGCUGGGUCUACCCAGCCCCAUCUCAACCCAGCGACCAGCGCUGAAAUCAGCGACGCGACGAGUCCCAUGUCGCCUGGCCCGUCCCCCGGGAAUCACAUGACCGAAAGCACACCACGCACAUACUCUGCCGCCUCCUAUGGGUCAGGCUGGUCGAAUACCGCAGUGAUCAUGGCCGCCCCUACCAACGCGUCGCCCGUCCGUGACGACUACGAGGAGAGCGACGUCAAGCUCAGGCUCCUCCACGAUGUCUACUAUCCCCACCGAAACGACUCGCGCGACCCCUCCCUCGCGUCUGCCUCUGGAUUCUCCGUCGACGGGGGAGUCCGACUUGGGGGCGGGCGCCCCAGCUCUGCGGUGACGCCGCCGUGGAGUUACGUGCCCAACGAGCCAACGUCCUCGCUGCCCCCGCGAUACCAUUCUACUUUAGACAGCAGCGUUUGA